UCAUGUGUUCACCUAACACUGGUUGCAUUUUAUAUGAUCAAACUCGGUGGUUGGACAGAGAAAACUAUGAGUCGGUCAUCGAACCGAGUGACAAAAAAUAUGUUGAGGAUGGAGGGGUCAUCAACUAUGAAAAACUCCUAACUGACGUGUUCUUAUUGACAGAUAAAGAUAUUCAAAAAACACUAUUGGCAAGAAGAAAUGCAGGAGGCACCACUGCAUUGAUUGCAAUUAUAGAGGGGUCUCAAUUAAUUGUGGCAAAUGUUGGUGACUCACGCGGUGUUAUGGCGGACCAUAAAGGAGUUCCGAUACCAUUGUCAUUUGAUCAUCGGCCUGAUAGGAAAGACGAAAAAGAAAGAAUUAUAGCGGGAGGCGGAAAGGUUAAAUUGGACUACAGGAGCCGCUCCUGGAAGGUAGGCCGCCUGUCACUGUCAAGAACGCUGGGUGACGUCCUUGAAAAAGUGGACGGUCACGUGACCGCGGAGCCUGAGGUCCUGGUCUUCGAUCUCUCCGAGCACAGGCCCCAGUUCAUAGUUCUGGCGACCGACGGUCUUUUCGACGUCAUAAACAGCGAUGAGGUCGUGGAUUUUAUCAAAAAGAAGAUCGAUGAUCCUUACUACGGGGCGCAGGAUUUGGUGCGUUUUGCCUACCUAACAGGAGCUGGCGACAAUAUCUCGGUCAUCGUCAUCAAAUUUGGUCGCGGUUAUGAAUGGCCACCGAAUCCUAGGAAGAGUAAAGGCGUAAAGCAAGUAGUUUGGGAAAUGGGGCAGAAGGUUACCCGCACUUACACAGGCAAUGGCAUACAUGUGGAUUAUAUUUAGGGUUGUUUUACCACUUUUACCACGGAAGCUGCCCCAUAAAAACGGAUAAUUUGUCUGUUCUGACCGGGGAAAAACAAUAUCAGGAAUUUGGAUUGGAGACAGAGUGGCACUCUCUGCUUUUACGAGUCGUCUUUGAUUGGCUGAUUCGCUUGUUGCUUACUUUCUGGAGCCCGGGAGGAAUAGAACGCGGGGUUCAUUUUUCAUCGAAAAUAUCCCGAAAAGAAGGAAAAAUUGAGAUUUUGGAGAUUUUAGAAAUCGAUUCGCCAGAUUUUUUCUUAACAGAUUCAUGGGUAAAGCAUGCUACUUGUUUUUCAAGCACACCGAACGGUUCGACCUUGGAAUUUUGUUUUUUCAACUUGAAAUAAGACACUUGGUUUCAUAAAAAAAGUAAAUAAUUCAGGUCGAAUAGUAAUUUUAUAUCCAUCUAA